AACCGGUCAACUGCAACCUCCACCUUCAGUCAAAACCACUAUCAUCUGUUACCCGCAACAAUGGCCGACAAGCUUCGCAACCAACAAGAACUCGAGCGCCUCCAGGCCAAGUACGUCGGCACUGGCCAUCCCGAUACAACGAGCUGGGAGUGGCGGACCAACAUCCAGCGUGACACAUAUUCUUCCAUCGCUGGGCACAGGCCUCUGUUGUCAUACAUUGCGCUCGCCGAGAACGAGCCUGUAGCCAAGGUUCGAGCUCAGAUGAUACGGUUCUCCUUUGAUCUCGACUCUUGGCGCUUCCAUCUUGCUAACUGGUACGCCGCGAUUUAG